GGUAUUUCUGUAUGAAACGCUUUAGGAACAAAUUUCAAGACAGAAAUUAAAACAAUUGUUUAUUAUUAUUUUUAGAACAAUUCAAUUGUUAUUUGCACAGCUACAAAAAUGAUGGACGGAACGGAUGAGUCAAACAUACUAAAUAGUCCCUCGGCAAACAAUGGAAAUGGUAUUACAUUGGAAAUCGGUUCGCCUUCGAAUCCCCUGGCGAAUCCAGGUCCAACUUCGGCCGCUGGGGGAGCAACAAAUGGAAGCGGCGGGUCGGCCACCUCGCCGGAUAGUUCAUCCACAUCAGCACCAGUGACGACACCAGUCGGUGGUGCUCUGCCAUUGGGGGAAAAUGCAUUGCAUGUAGAGAUUUCCGAUGCGCUGAGUGAAAAAGAAAAGGUCAAAUUUACAGUCCACACAAGGACAACGCUGCCAGGAUUUGCCAAAAAGGAUAAUAAUGUGGUGCGACAACAUGAGGAAUUUGUAUGGCUGCAUGAUCGCAUCGAGGAGAAUGAUGACUAUGCGGGCUAUAUUAUUCCCCCAUGCCCGCCCCGCCCAGAUUUUGAUGCCUCACGCGAGAAACUGCAGCGUUUGGGCGAGGGUGAGGGUAAUAUGACCAAAGAGGAAUUCAAGAAAAUGAAAUCCGAACUGGAAGCAGAAUACUUGGCCACCUUUAAGAAGACAGUCGCGAUGCAUGAGGUAUUCCUAAGACGGUUGGCCAGUCAUCCUGUUUUUCGUGUUGAUCAACAUUUAAAAGUAUUCCUUGAAUACGAUCAGGAUUUGUGCGCCAAGCCACGCAAGAAGAUGGCCAUUUUUGGUGGCUUUGUCAAAUCGUUGGGCAAAACAACGGAUGAGAUAUUGCUAAGUGCCACAGUUCGGGAUGUGAAUGAUUUCUUUGAAAAUGAAUUGCAAUUUCUUACUGAAUAUCAUGGGCAUUUGCGUGAGGCAGCCGCUCGAACUGAAAAGAUGACACAACGACACAAAGAUGUUGGUGAUUCGCAUCAGAAAAUAUCCAGUGCUCUGACUCAAUUAUCCACAAUUGAAAAGGGCAAUGUUGAGACUUUUGUUGCCAAAGCUGCCGAGGUUUUUGAAAAGAUUAAGAAUCUUGAAACUCGUGUGGCUAGCGAUCAGGACCUUAAAUUGGGCGACACCCUCCGCUAUUAUCAGCGUGAUAGUGAUGCCGCCAAAGCCUUGUUAAUACGUCGCCUACGUUGCCUGGCCGCCUAUGAGACGGCUAACCGUAAUUUGGAGAAGGCUCGUUCGAAAAACAAAGAUGUUCAUGCGGCUGAAACUGCUCAGGCCGAGGCAUGUGAGAAAUUUGAAUCAAUGUCAGCCUGCGGCAAGGAAGAGUUAAUUGGUUUUCGUAAUCGUCGUGUGGCGGCUUUCAAAAAGAGUCUCGUUGAACUCUCCGAACUGGAAAUCAAACAUGCCAAAACCCAAUACGAAUAUCUUCGUCAAUCUUUGUUGGCCUUAAAGGAAAUUGCCUGAGAUAUUAAGCAGGAAGAUGAUGGUAAUGAUGAUGAUAAUGAUAAUGAGGGGAAACUGGACGCAAAUACCAUGUCAUCCGCACAUUGUUUACACAUAGAAUCAUAGCCAAGUCCUCCCUGUCCCCUCUAUUUCUUUAUAUCCUGAAGUAAAUCAAUUGUUUUCAUUGCUAAGCAAAAAAAAAAAAGUUUUAGCAGUUUUAUAAAACUCCUCUACCUAUCUCUCUAUCUCUCAUUUUAUUAUUAUUAUUAUUAUUAUUAUAUAUAAUAAUUAUUACAGUUAUUGUACUAUAUAUGUAUUAAUUUUUUGUUUUGUUUUGUAAAACAAAACGCUUUUAUAUUGUGUCUAACGAGCAUUCCUUUAUAAACAAAAGAACAUAAACACAUUUAUAUUGUAAACGCAUUGAAAAGCUGAAUAUAUUAAAAGAAGAAAAUUAUAUGAAGUGAUGAAA